AUGAUUUUGCCAUGGUGGCUCCUGCUGGUGCUUCUGAAGAGCUCGCCGAAUGUGCUGCCGGGCGCGUACGACUACACAGAGCCGGCUCGGUGGCGGGAGGUGUUCCCGAUGUGCGGUGGGCCGAUGCAGUCGCCGAUCGCGCUCACGCCCACCCGGUACGCGCUCAGCAGGACGCCCAAGCUGAAGUUCGCGAAGGGGCUGAGCGACGGCCAAAUCGAGGCGGUCAACACGGGCCGCGCGCUGAAGCUCACGCUGCGCCCGAAGAACCGGGACAAGCCGCUGCUGCGUCUCGUUUCCUACAGCAAGCCGAUGAUCGGCAUCUAUACCUUCGCGCAGAUGCACUUUCACUGGGCCGACGGAUCAGGGCUGCACGGCUCGGAGCACGCCAUCGGCGGCAACUACACGGACGCCGAGGCCCACUUCGUCUUCUACAACAGCCGCUACCCCAGCAUCAAGGAGGCCGUGCGCCACUUUGAUGGUUUGCUGGUGGUGGGCACGAUGCUGCGCGGCUCCGAGGACAAACAGCAGUUUCUGUUCCCGACAGUCGGCAUGGAGGACCGGCUGGGGGACGUUCUGACGCCUGGCAAGAAAUUGAAGGUGGAAGCGGACCUGCGGGAUUUCUCUUGGCUGCUGCGUCGUGCCGUGCUGCGGUUCUACAGUUACCACGGCAGCCUGACCACCCCGCCCUGCAAUCCUGUGGUUACCUGGAUGGUGGCUUCCACCGUGUUCCCCGUGCGAGACAAGUUUCUGAAGAGCCUGCGCAAGCUGCACGAGAACGAUGAUAGUGAUGGCCGGCUGGUGCACAACUGCCGGCCGGUGCAGCCCACCCACGGCCGCGUGGUGACCCAGCACAUUAGCGUCGGCUGA